AUAAACAGCAUACAAGCUAAAUAACUGGUUAGAAAAAAUUAAAUUGUCAGCAUUCAAAGCUGUCAGGUUUUAGAGGGAAGUCGGUGACUAGCUAGCUAACCGCGACAUUAACUGCUAAGUGAAAGUGUCAAUUAUUAAACAGUUUGGGUCAGUUUCUGUGUACAACGAAGUAAACGGCUUAAGUUUAAGUUGUUGAGAGUCCUCAUUUAGCGUUAGAUAAUAUUUGGUCAUCCUCAGCUAGGUGACGUGAUGGACUUUGUUGCUGGAUGCAUGGGAGGUGCUGCCGGGGUCUUGGUUGGACACCCAUUUGACACAGUUAAGGUGAGACUGCAGGUCCAGUGUGUGGAUCGACCUCUUUACCGUGGCACCUUUCACUGUUUCCAGUCCAUUAUUCGGCAGGAGACGGCUUUUGGUUUGUAUAAAGGCAUUGGAUCCCCCAUGAUGGGCCUUACAUUCAUCAAUGCUAUAGUGUUUGGUGUCCAGGGGAACACCAUGCGUCUGCUGGGACAUGACACACCAAUGAACCAGUUUCUUGCUGGUGCAGCAGCAGGUGCCAUUCAGUGUGUCAUCUGCUGCCCCAUGGAGCUGGCUAAAACCCGCAUGCAAAUGCAGGGUACUGGAGAGAAGAAGUCUUCUAAGAAGAUGUACAAGAACUCCGCUGACUGCUUGGCGCGCAUCUACAAACGGGAGGGUCUAAGGGGGAUAAACAGAGGCAUGGUGACUACACUUAUUCGUGAGACACCUGGCUUUGGAGUGUAUUUCCUGGCCUAUGAUGUGCUGACGCGCAGCCUUGGCUGUGAGCCUGACGAUCGUUACUUGAUCCCCAAACUUCUGUUUGCUGGGGGCAUGGCUGGUAUUGCCUCCUGGCUCUCCACAUACCCCGUGGACGUGAUCAAAUCACGGCUCCAGGCAGAUGGAGUGGGUGGAGUCAACCAGUACAGCAGCAUUGCUGACUGUGUACGGCAGAGCGUAAGGAGAGAGGGUUGCAUGGUGUUUACACGAGGCCUCACCUCCACACUGCUGCGAGCCUUCCCUGUGAAUGCAGCUACCUUUGCUACAGUCACCCUUGUCCUCAUGUACGCUCGGGGGCCGGAGCAAGUACCACAAGACUGCGAGUCAGCUCAGCCAAGCCACCGCGCACAGAUACAGCAACAGGUCCAACCCUCCAGCCUGUGAGAGUGGAGGCCUCACCAUCAACCUGGGCACUUUACAAGAACAUGGAAAGAGAAAAUACAUGAACCCUUUAUUACCAUUUGACUCAGUUACACAUCAAAUCAGUCAUUCCCAGUUUUUAGUCAUAAAAAAGAUGGUUUAUAUUAAACGAUGGUUUUUACUUUAUCAAUAAGGAAACAAAGGAGAAGCUUAUUUAUUUUUUUAGGAAUAAUUUAAGUUUCAGGUUUGCAAACUUUGAAAAGGGAUGGUGUUACCUCCAAUAAGAUGAGUUAUAGGAGCUGUGAGAUUAGCAAAAGCUUUCGGUAACAGCUUUUAUGACUAUUCUUGUAAGAUUUUAACUUGUUCCUGAGCCACAAAACUGAGGGUGUGGCUGGGUAGUGUACACACAUGUAAAAUUGAUAGCUCUGUUUUACAUAUAUAUCUAUAUAUAUCUAUAUACACACAUACAUAUUUGAUUUUGAGUAAUUUGUCGCGACAUAUUCUGCCUUAUAAUAUGAAUAGUGUUAUUUUGUGUAACAAACCUGUAGCACAUGUUUGUAUUUCAACUAUUUCCUCUGAAGAGUCAAGUGAGAAGGAAUGUAGCAUGUGAUAAGAUUGAGAACUUAUCACUUUUGUCUGCUUUUAAACCAAAACACACAUUGCAGCUAUAAUCCGAUCAUCACUAAAGCACUAUCAGUCCAUGUAGCCCAUGUUAAUAACCAGCAUGGACAAAAGUCUUCUGGUCUGAAGGGCUCUUCGGGGACUGAAUGCAAAGUGUCGGUGUAUGAAUCAGGAUUGCAGGCAGCAUUAUUGUUUUGUCUUGUUUGGCAUGUUGAGUUUUACCAAAUAAUGUGAAGUUCUAUCAUUUUAAUUUUACUGCUGUAUUAAAAGCUUAAACUGGAAGUGGAACGUAGCCCUACAUGUGACACUGUGUUUGUUCCACUGUUUUAUUUAAAUGUUUAAAUUGAAUUUUAUUCUAUUCUGUGGAUGUCGCCACUGAAUACUGUUUUUCAGCACAGUUGAAAGUGAUACAUGUUACAGUUGUCAGUUGAGUUUUUUGUCAACAUUAAUGUGCAACUGAGGCCGCUGUCCCCUUGGGCACACUUUGUUCAUUUGUGACAGUUUAACUCUGAGGUUCCUUAAACUGCAUUCUGGUUUUGAGAAACUGCAAUAUACUGCUUUUGAUUUAUGACCAUAUAUGAACUCAGAAACACUGGAAUGUUUUGAUAAUUAUCAGCCUGCUGUAUGAGAGGUUGCCAGCUACUGCCUUGAUAAAACUGGAUGAUUAUUAAAAAGAAAACUUGGAGUUGUUAAA